AUGGAUCAAUUGAACUCAACAGUGUCUUCAUUGUUGGAUGCAAAUUUGAUUGCAACAAUAGAUUAUAUCACACUUCAACUCGUUCGCUACUUUUCUAUUUUUAUUUUUCUUUUUGGUUUGAUUGGAAAUAUUCUUAAUGUUUUGGUUUUAUCUCAAAGAGCAUUUCGUUCUAAUCCAUGUGCUGUACUUUUUUUAUUCUCAUCAGUGGUGAAUUUUAUUGCUAUCCUUUCUGGUCUUCUUUCUCGAAUAUUGUCUGGUUGGGGAGCUGAUCUAACAGCAACAAAUCGUGUCUUUUGUAAACUUCGUGGCUUUGUUGUCAAUAUUACAAGAUCAGUAGCAAUUUGAACAUCCUAUACUAGUGAUAGAUUAGAAAACGAAGAGUAUAGUCAUUAUGGUCCAGCAAAACGAGUAAUAUCUCAAACUUCUCAAGAAAGCUUUGAAAUUUUCUAUGAAAUUCACAAUGGUUUUACAUCAGACCAAAUAUCAAUUAUUGAAAAUGCUUUACAAAUCGUUGUUGAUAGAUUAUUUAAACCAGAAAUUUUACAAAAUAUGUAUCAAAUUUGUGAUACAUCUGGUUGUUUCAUAAAACAAGAAGUAUUGUCACACUCAAAUCUAAUGCAAAAUUCAAUUUAUGACAAUGAAUAUCUUUUAUUACAUUAUCAAUUCAUGGGUCUGAAAGCCGAAAGUAAACAUGGUGGAAUUCCCAUUCUCAAUAUUUAUCCCAUUCAUGAAAAAGAUAAAAAAGAAAAGAAUAAUUCUCUUCCGUGUGUUUUUUGUAUUUCUCAUGGAUCAUCAGUUUUAAUUGAUGGUGAAUUCAAAAUUGAAUUAAAUCAAGAUGAACUUAAUGGAUCAGUAAAAAACACUUCAAAUGCCUUAUUUUGGGCUGGAGAAAUUGUUUAUGAAAUGCUUCGUAAUUUAGGUCAUCAACCCGAUGAUAUUUGUUACACAAAUAAAUCACAAAUUAAUGUUUUUAAACAAUGUUUUCUAUAUAAUGGAAACUAUAUUCCUAUUAAAAAUAAAUAA